AUGCGAUGUCGAAACCCUCUCACAGUAUGCGGAAUACGACGAAAAAACAUCACUUACUUCAUUGCCAUUUAUGGAUCGAUCUACCUAACGUACAUUUUCUUGAUUGAUUUUAUUUCAUCACCUGGUCAGAAAAGUGAGUUUGUAAGCAAAAGAGUCCACCGAUCCCCUCCAGAAACGACCAAAAAUAGCCUAGCAUUGCCAAAUAUAGAUUACGUUGUAUUCAACCGUGUUCCGAAAUGCGGCUCAAUGUCGAUGACCCAACUAGCCUACGACUUGGGAGGAAAAAACGGAUUCAAAGUCGAGUCUCCUUACGAACCGGGGGAGAAGCAAACGAAGAGUCAAGAAGAACAAGAUGCCUUCAGAAAAUAUGUGUUUGAGCAAACCCCACCGUAUAUGUACAUUCGACAUCAGAAUUAUGUUGAUUUCUGGGACCCAACUCAAAAGAAAAAAGUCGCCUACAUCAACAUGAUUCGUGAUCCGAUAGCUCGAUUUGAAAGCUUUUACUACUUUUCUCGAUUCGGCAAUCAUCUGGGCGGUGGCGGAAAAGCGAAAUUGACCGAAGAACGGAAGAAGGAAACUGUCGACGAAUGCGUGGCGAAUAGACGGCAAGAAUGUGUAAAACCUUGGUGGCAGAUAGUCCCGUAUUUGUGCGGCCAAAAUAACCAAAAAACGAGCCCAAACUCAGACCCACGAUGUCAAGAACGAGGACAGUGGGCGGUCGACCGAGCAAAGUACAACAUCGAUCAUAACUACGCUUUUGUUGGGCUGCUUGAUGAACUUGAGAUGUCGCUCAAAGUCCUGGAAGCUCUUCUUCCUGCUUUUUAUAAAAACGCCAGCACUGUCGUGAAAAUGGAGUCGUUCGAAAAAAUGCGGAAUGGAACACUGACAACUUUCAAAAAACCAGCGGGACAAAAAUCAAGAGAGUUUCUGCGGACACAAACUUCCCUCAAGUACGAAUACGAAGUGUACGAUUAUGUUCUGGCAAAAUUAAAACGUACAUAUAGCCAACUCAACAAUAAUCGUCUUUGA